CACAGUGACACUACAGGGAGCCCACAUGCCUCCAGAUAAGACGUCUUCCAGUUGUGCUGUGCGGCCCGUGGCUCCUGAGACGGGAGUCUAUCACAUAGAUGGCCCUUCAUGUUUGAGCAGCCAAAGAAGUCAUCCUCGUGUAUGCCCUUUUCCACUUCCUCCUUGUUCCUCUAGUUUCUGUCAGAAUACCAUGGGCACUCCCGACCCUCCUCUGUUGCACAACGUUUCCCUACCGCCAGCUCCUCGGACGUCCACCCAGCCCAUGGACUUGUUUCUGGAUGACCUCAUGAUAGGACUCGAUUUUCUACAUCCCAUUCAUACAGAAAAUCAGACCAACCAACAUGGGUUUCUGAACACCAUGGCUUCCAGCAUUCCAUCUGUUUCUAAGGCAGUGUAUCCCAGCAUGCAUUCCCCAGUGAAGCCCGUAGGUGUGUCUCAACAGCAGCCUGAAGGAGAGCUUUGUGACAUUCUUGAUCACUUCCUGAACACAUUUGAGCAACAUGUCGGUCGGUGUGAUUUAGACGUGGCGGAGAUGCCAAAUAACCAUUACACAGCAGCCAGCAGCAUGGACGGAGCUCAGGUCAAUAGAGACCCCGGCACAGAGACGUGGAGCAAUUUACAUACGCAAUUAAACUCACACUCCAUUCAUUGUCGUGCACCACAUGCAAACGGUUCCUCACACUGCAUGCAUGCUUCAAGCACAUUCACCUCCAGUGCUCAACCUCAGGCAAUCAGGUCAUCUCCUGCUGACACGUCAGUCAGCCAAACACAACUACAACUCUCAACAGCCCUGGGACGGCUGGAUUCAUCUAGCUCUAGAGGGUCUGAGGGCAAGUUGGAGAACAAUGAGAAGGAGCCUGAAACUCAGAUGGUGACCAGAAGCCAGAGCAUGAAGAGAAAGCUAGGAACAAGCUUAAGUAGCCUCCAGACAUCAUCUCCAGUAAAGAGGUGCAGAAGAAAACGAAGCAGUGACGCUGAAAGACCACAAGUCAGACGCCUCCACGGACAACAUAAACGUGUCCAAUGCACAGUUGACAUGUGCAUAAGUGAAGAAGGUUCGAUGAGUAAGGCUGGAGUGGGCAAAAGCAAAACCACACAGACAUGGUCAACCAAAAGCAAAAAAAGUAGAGCCAGCAAAGAAAGGCCCUUGGAGACGAUCACAGAAGAAAAAAGAAGCACAGCAAAUGGUCAUACAGAAGGAAGCAAAGUAGAGAAAGAACUUGUAAAUGCAAGUUCCUGGACGCCAGUAAAGAAAACAGUCAGUGGAACCUAUGUUGAGAUGGCAUCCUCAGCUUUUGAGAAGAUGAGAAUGCUCCUGGAGAAGCAAAGUAAAAGAAAGGAAGAGCACUCAAGAACAGAGAACAGCAUGAAAACAGGCAAAGAGGAUGACAUUAUAGGAACUGUGGAAGUUCAGGAAAGUGCAUCUGGAGCUAAAGGACUCCCAGCUGAAAACACGUUACAUAAUUUGGAAAACAGCAGAGCAGAGAAAACAGGGGGAAGCAGUGUGGUAGCAGAAGAUGAAGAUAGAACAGGCUUCAGUACCUCAGUCUCUGCAUUGACAAGUGGAAAACUGGGAUGCAGGCAGGAAAAUGAGGAAAGCAUGACCACUGGAAUUGAGCAAAUGAUGACCAAUGAACAUAACACGUCCCAAAUGGAUCUGCUUCCAGAUGCAGACCCUGUCAAAUCAACCCAAAUAAGAGAAGAAAGUGACUGCAACAACAACAACAAGCCUAUGCGCAGAACUGCAGUAUCAUCCCAAACCACUUUUGAAUCAAAACUCAGACUUCUCUUGCAUUCACCCCCCGGCCGCAAGCUCCUCCUCUCUCACUUGCCAGAGAAAGACAUUCAAGUAUCAGGCCAAUGUUCAGAGGAGGAAGAGGACGUGGAUGUGUUGGAGGUGUCUAGCGCCGCCUCUGAGCCCAUCGCUAUGCCAACUGUCAUCCUGGAGAUGGGGCUUAACACAGAGGAUGAGGAUGUGGAGGAGGACGUAGAUGUAGAUGUGAUUGGUUCGGAAUCGGAUUAGCCUCUCGCUUAUUCUUGCCAUGCUGUAACGUGCCUUUUGGUCAUCACUCGUGCCUGGAUAAUGAUUGGAGCUACUGGAGAUUCUGAUAGAAUUAAACUUGGCCUUCUCUACAUGUCAGUCAGAGUCUCCACUCAUGAGGUCAGACGAUCCACUUUGCAGUAUGUCUAUGGCCGCUUGAUUUGGUUUGUAAAGUCAGAGAUGCUGACUCAGUUUCAUGAUUCCACCUUGUUUGCUGUUAAGUAGUAGCAGGAUUAAUAUGGAUAGUAUACAAGAUGCUUAUGGCUGUUUUAAUUUCGGAAAUUCAGAGAAAGAGAGGAGCCAGUUUAGUUUAGUGCAACAUGCUUUAAAUCAAGCUUUCUGUCUUACUGUUGGUGUUUGUUUGUAUAAUCCUAAGCCAUAUUUUCUAAUGUUUUCAGUUAUUUACUCUUCCUCUGUCGAGAGUUUUUGUUGUGUUCAGGAUUAAACAGUUGAUUUGUAAUUCUGCUGUGUGUGUUAGUGU